UUUGAGACGUGAGUGCGGUGACGUCCCUCUGCAGCUGUUGUGAAUGUGCUUGUGUGAGAGAGCGCAUGCGCAUGCACGUUUGAACUUUCACAUUCACUGCUCUGCCUGCGGCCAUGACUCUACAGUGGACGUUUGUUGCUUUCUUCCUCUAUGGAGAGAUAGCUGUCAACCUCAUCCUCUGUAUACCUUUCAUAUCAGCAAAUAGAUGGCAUUCGGUUUUCAACUGGAGAAUAUGGAAGUGUUUAUCACCAUACUGGAACAAAUGCUCAUUUACCAUGAUCAUGGUUCUUGUUGUUCUUUUUUUUGAUGCAGUCCGUGAAGUGCAGAAAUACUCAGGGCCUGAACCCAUGCAAGAUGCCAAGGUGAACCCAAAUGUGUAUGACCAUGUCCACAUGAAGUUGUUCAGGGCCCAGAGGAAUCUCUACAUAUCUGGAUUCUCUCUGUUCCUUUGGCUUAUCAUGAUUAGAGUUGUCACAUUGCUGAACCAGGUUGCUGUUACACUGAAAAACAGUGCUGCCCUUGAGACACAGAUAGACAGUGCGGUCAGAGCCGCCAAGAAGCACCAGGAAGACAACCUUAGGCUCAAACAAGCUUUUCUCGAUGAUGAAAAGUCCACUUCAGCUGAAAACGAGCAACUCAAAAAAGAGGUGGAGAAGCUGGCAGGUCAGCUGAAAGAAACACAGGAAGCUGUGCACAAGUCCCACACUGAGGUGGACGCCAUGAGGAGGCAGGCAAAGGGUCUGGCGCAGGAAUAUGACCGACUGUUGCAGGAACACCAUAAACUUCAGAAUCUACAGAGCACUGAAGAAAAAAAGGACAAGUAAUUGCAUGGAUUUCAUACAUUAGACUCACUCUUUGUAGUUUUUAUCCAGUUUUGCAUGUAGUGACACAGUUGGACUAAAGUACAGUGCUACUUUGAUAGUUUAUGGGAUAAAUACUAAGAUUUAAAUAUUAAAUGCACAACUUACAAAUCUUUCUGUAUAUUUUUAAGUUAAACCGUGUCUUAUUGUAGUAGUUUAUCAGUCAUCCUGUUACUAUCCACUGAAAGAUGAAUAACUCACUUGUUUCUGUAUUUCUACAUUCAAUUUUAAUAAUAAUACUUAUUAUUACAUUUGCUUCAGACCUUCUGUUAUAGUUAUGUAAAAUGUGACACAGACAACAGUCUUUUGUAACUUAAUGACAGUUUAUUUUAUUUAGGAAAAAGCAUGAGGGGUAAAAACCAACAAAACAAAUGAACGUGUGUUCCUCACUGACAUAUAUUACAAAGUUUACAGAUUUUCACUGGCACCAUAAAUAGAAAUACAUCAAAAACAAUUUUUACAAUCA